AAAUCAAAUCUUAUCAUCAACUUUUUUCAUUCCUGUAUUCCAAAGAAAUCAAUAUGAUCAGUGCGAAGAAACUCAUCAAGAUGGCAAGGAAAUGGCAGAAGUUCGCAGCCAAGCAAAGGAAGAGAAUUUCUUUUCCAAGAUCCAAGUACAAUGAUGCAGAGAGUUGUAGCACAUCAUCUUCUAUAGUUGGCAAAGGGAAUUUUGUGGUAUAUACAACUGAUCAGAAGCGAUUUGUGGUUCCAUUGGCUUAUCUUCAACAAGAGGUAAUCAGACAACUAUUGCAUAUGUCUGAAGAAGAGCUUGGACUUCCAAGUGAUGGCCCUAUCACAUUACCAUGUGAUGCACAGUUCAUGAACAAUAUUAUAUUACUCAUCGAAAGAGGUGUAGCUGCAGAUGUACAAAAUGCUUUGCUUGUUUUUGUACCUUCCAGUCGAUGCUCAUCAGCUUCAUAUCUUCAAGAACAACAAACCCCGCAAUUGCUAGUUUGUUAAGCUAACUGUGAUAAGUUUUGUAGUGGAUACAUGAUACUCAACAAGUGUAGAGAAUGUUAACAUUUAUUAUACACCAUUUUCUUGACUCCAA